AUGGGACCACGUUCUUUUUCACUCUCUCGACGGCAACGACCGGAUGAGACCCCUGAGCUGGUCGAACUGCCGCCUCAAAGGACUCGGACCAUAGUCCAAACUUCUUCCGCAGGAGCAAAAGCUCGCACCAAUUCGAAGGGAGAACCACUAUCGCGAAUGGACGAACUCUGCGAGUCCUCUAGACCUCUGAUAGAUAGGAUAGACAGGAAUGUGCGUCACCCCAGUGUUAAGUACUCGCAGCUUUACUUUGGUGGCAACCAUUGUGUCAUGUGCGGUAAACCAUACUGCCAUACAAGUCAAUCUGGUCAACUUUCAGCGUGGAUGGAGUCCGAAGCUCGAGCAUUCCUUCCUUGUGGCCACCACUUUGGGAUAUCAUGCCUAAAGAAGUUCUUGAGAACAGCCGCGGAUCACAAUUAUCGAUGCCCCAUGGGAAGCUGUCUACCUAUCCAACACAGGUGCCAGCACGUUGCCAUUCCAGAGUUGCAGGUACCUGCGCGAGUCCAUUUGGAUAUGGAGACUGGUCUUAACCACCUGCCGUUCGAUUGCGAAUUCUGCAACACUGCGAAAGCAACGAAAUCAGCAGAGACUGCGGACAAGCAUUUCGCUCGAAUGUGUGAUACGGAAAAGACCAAACUGAUUCGCAAAUACUAUGACCUGCGUUGGAGGAUGACGGGGCCGAAGAACCGGCUUGGAUACUACAUGUUUAAUCAAAAGCGGUUUGCCAAAAGCAAAUUCCACACCUUCAAAGACCUACUAGAUGUCGUCAUGCGAGGGGGUUGA